AGCGUUUUAGUCGUAUGCAUGAAGUGUUUGAUAUGAUCCCGCUGUAUCGUGUUUUAGCAGUGUAACAGUUAUAUAAUCCCUGCAUCUGUCACACUUUGGCUGAGGUUCAGUUUCAGUUUGAGGAAUGCUGCUCCUGACUUGUUGACAUGGCGGAGAUCUUCAGCCAGCAGCCGGGGAAGACCUCCUGCAGGCGGACAACUCGCGCGGAAACUCCCCGAAGUGAUUUCAGCGUUGUCCUCAUGUGAUUUGGAGUUUACCAGCUGCCGUUGACGUGUUGUUUGAGAAAUUCAGCGCUAAGCCAGGCCUUGGAUUCAUGAAAGAAAAAAAGUCUUGAAACCAAAAUUGGACUAGCAUCACAACAGAAGAAAUCCCUGCCAGGAUACAUCCGAUUGUGCAGUUACACACAUUUGCACCGCACUUCCGUAUUUUUUCUGAAACCUGUGAAAUGGGGACCAACAGUGAUUUAAUCAUCAUGGUUUGAGUCGCGCUUUUGCAGCUGUCCGAUCCCGAUUCAGAGGCUGUCAGUCAUGUUGGAGCCUGGAUCUGUGAAUGAGGGAGUAUUAUGUGGUUCACCGUCAGUCUGCAAGUUUGUUUACCCGCCGUGUUUGUGCAGAGAAACAUAUGAUCUGAACGUAUUUUAUGUGGCGACUGGAUUUUUCUCUGGAUUGCUCGCUCUGCCUGCUGACUGUGGCCGGGAAUGGAUAGUACCAUUGCAAUGUCCACAUUCCUAAUUUCUUGGGAAAAGUCCACUAACUGAACAGACUUUUGUGUUAACUUUGAGGCAAAAUGGAGGAACUCCGGACAUCUGCUCACUGGAGCCUUAACAAAGACCAAAGGAAUUUCCUCUCUUAAGAGUCUGACCCCAAUGGGAUAAGAACUGAAAACUGUGAAAGACUAAGACUGAACAGGUAAUCACUCAAACAAAUCUGGAGUACCUCUCACCCAGAAUGCAUUGCCCUAUGAGGAAGAAACGUCCCACACGUGAGUCUGAUUUCUCGACUAUCGCUGUGCCCGCGAUGCACGGGUCCGGGUAUGUUGACUACACGGUCGAGACCCACGCUUCCAAAUCCUUCGCCGUCAUGGAGGAAUUCAGGCGGCAGGAGAUGCUGUGUGACCUGGUGCUGCAUGUCACAUACAAGGAGCGGACAGUGGACUUCAAGGUGCACAAGGUGGUACUGGCCUCCUGUAGCCCAUACUUCAGAGCCAUGUUCACCAGCAGCUUCAAAGAGUGUCGCGCCUCGGAGGUCACCCUGCGCGAUGUCUGCCCCCAGGUGGUGGGAAGACUUAUUGACUUUGCCUACACCUCCCGCAUCACAGUGGGAGAGAAGUGUGUGUUGCACGUUCUUUUGGGUGCUAUGAGGUAUCAGAUGGAGGACGUGGCGAAGGCGUGCUGCGAUUUCCUCACUAAGCACCUGGAGCCUGCCAAUGUUGUUGGCAUCGCCCGUUUUGCUGAAGAGAUUGGCUGCACGGAGCUGCAUCAGCGAAGUCGAGAGUAUAUCAACACACACUUCAAUGAGGUCACUAAGGAAGACGAGUUCUUCAGUCUCUCUCACUGCCAGCUGCUGGAGCUCAUCAGUCAGGACAGUCUCAAGGUGCUCUGUGAGUCUGAGGUGUAUAAGGCCUGCACAGACUGGGUGCGCUGGGAUAUGGAGGGUAGAGCGCAGUACCUGCAUGCCCUCUUGAACGCAGUUCAUAUCUACGCCCUGCCUCCGAAGUUCCUUAAGAACCAGCUGCUGUCUUGCCCCAUCCUCAGCAAGGCCAUUUCCUGUAAGGACUUCCUGUCUAAAAUCUUCCAGGAUAUGACUCUGAGGAAGCUUCCCCCUGCACCUAACCGUGGAACUCAACUCAUCUAUGUGGCCGGCGGAUACCAGCAGCAUUCACUGGCAACCAUGGAGGCGUAUGAUCCCAGGAGAAAUGUGUGGCUAAAACUGACUGACAUGGGGUCUGCGUGCAGCGGCCUGGGAGCGUGUACGCUGUUUGGACUGCUCUACACUGUCGGUGGUAGGAACCUGUCGCUUCAAAACAACACAGAGUCAAGCUCCCUGUGCUGCUACAACCCGAUGACCAACCAGUGGAGCCAGCGCGCCUCCCUCAACAUCCCCAGGAACAGGGUCGGCGUGGGCGUGGUGGACGGCUGCAUCUACGCCGUCGGGGGCUCCCAGGGCUCCACGCAUCACAACACGGUGGAGAGGUGGGAUCCCGAAUCUAAUCGCUGGUCUUUUGUUUGCCCGAUGUCGGUGGCUCGUCUUGGUGCCGGAGUAGCGGCGUGUGGGGGGGCUCUGUAUGUGGUCGGGGGAUAUGAUGGGCAGAGCCGCUGGAACACUGUGGAGAAAUACCAGCCGGACACAAACACCUGGCAGCAGCUGGCGCCCAUGAGCACUGUACGCAGCGGACUGGGGUUGGUGUGUGUGAACUCUCACCUGUACGCAAUAGGAGGUUAUGAUGGGCGGAACCAGCUGUGUACUGUGGAGCGUUACAAUAUAGCAAGAAACCAAUGGGAGCCCCGAGCCUCCAUGCAGUACUGCCGCAGUGCACACGGAGUCACAGUCCACCAGGGACGCAUCUUUGUCCUCGGAGGCUUUAACCAGCACGGCUUCCUGUCCAGCGUUGAGUGUUACUGUCCGGACAGAAAUGAAUGGACGUGUGUUACCGACAUGCCCGUCGGACGCAGCGGCAUGGGCGUCGCUGUUACCAUGGAGCCUUGUCCCGGCAGCCUGCCGGAGCCAGAGGAGGAUGAGGAGGGAGCCACAUGAAGAUAAAAAUCUGUCAAAGUCUCAAGAGUUGAAUAUGGAUCUCAGUGUUGCUGCUUUUCAAGAGAGAGGUAAAGUGCAUUCAACAAAUAAACAUUCCAACAUGAAACUCUUAAAACGUCCCCGCUCUGCUGGAGAACUGCAGGUAAAGUUUGAAUGUAAACGUCAAAGAGGAGGAAUUUUAUUUCUACACCUGCUCGGGGGACAAAGACACAGAAAACAUCAAGGUGCUACAGGUGUAAUCCCAAAUAACAGUACUGUUUAAUUAUUAUUCCUCAGAUGUUUUUAAUCUGUUAGUGUUAUAUUUGUGUCCUCUAAUUCCUCACUGUGUCGUAUCUCUACCUCUGUCUGCACUUUUCUGAUUUCCUUAUGUUGUGCCAAUAUAGUUUCACACAAAACUGCCAUUUUUUUAUUUUAUUGAUUUUUUUUGUGUGCACUCACCAUAUAUUGUGUUUCUGGAAAUAAACUAAAUCAAAUGUGUA